AUGAUGUACAACCUCCAGGCGCCCAAGCGCAUCGCUCUGGUGGUGCCCUUCCGGGACCGGGGGCCGCACCUCGAAAAGUUCCGGGACCGCAUUCAGUCGCACAUCUCCUCCUGGGCCACGAAGGGCAUCAAGCACAUGUGGAAGGUCUUCGUGGUGGAGCAAUUCGACAACCAGCUCUUCAACCGGGGAUAUCUCUUCAACGUGGGCUUCCACUUUGCCACCCUCGAGGAGCAGAAGACCGGGGAGAAGUUCGACUGCGUGGUCAUGCACGACAUCGAUAUCCUGCCAACUCCGGUGGUGGACUAUGGCUGGUGCCAAUGGCCCAACCAGCUCUCAGGAGAGAUCGAGCAGGGGCCUCUGGCCAAGGGGUCAGCUGGCGGUGUCCGAGAAAAUCUGGCGCUUCUCGGCGUCUGA